UUCUCUCACACAGCCGCUCGGCUCGCUGGUUGGUUGGUUGCUCUCUCGGUCUCGGCUGGCUACUCAUAGCCAGUGGCAUUCCGGUCAAUAGGCGCCGAGGUCUCACCGCCGGCCUAGAGAGAGAAACAGAUCAAGAGAGAGAGAGAGGAUUAGGAUAGAGAGAGAAAGUAGAGGGGGUUUUAGAGAGAGAGGGGGGGAGGCCGGGGGGGAAAGAUAGAGGGGAGCGUGCGCAGGAAGCUGAUGAGGCUCCUGUCGUUCGUGCCCUGCGGCUGCCGUGCUGGACCCAUCGACGACGCGCCGCCUGCUGCCGACCACGCCGGAGACGCCGCCGCCGCCGCGAGGAGGAGGCGCCGGAGGAGAAGGGCCGCCGCCGCCGCCGCCCACCAGUGGCGCCCGUCGCUCGGGGACAUCUACGAGGAGCACAGCACCGACGCGGCCAAGGCUGCCGCCGGCGGCCCGGCGAGGACCAGGAAGGCGGCGUCCUGGGACGUCGCCAGGGUGCUCCCCCGCAGCGAUGAAUCCAGGCACCUUGAGAGCUCGUCGUCCAUGCCGGCGUUCGCGCCGACGGCGUACCUGUUCUGAUCAUGGCGGCGUCGGCAUCGACCUCCAACCGGCGACGAGUACCUGCCACCAGAAGUAUUAUUAUUGUCUGAAGCAUGUAUACAGAUUAUUAUCCACGUAUUGCAGGACCAAGGAUCUUUACGCAUCCAUCAGGAAAUAAAAAAGUUGUCUCUUCUUCCUCGUGAGAGAAUAGAGAUAGCAGCGUGCGUGUAAAUAUCUAUGUAUAUACGUGGCAUGCAUCACCAUGCAUGAUCUAGCUGCUUGUAAAAUCUUCUCAUGGUGUAGUCAUGCACAUAAUUACUAUGUGAUUAAUAUACAGAGUGGUGAUAUAUAAUUAAGAGAAAUUUCAAAGUUUAUAUAAAUUA